AUGAUUUCCACGAGGGUGAUGGACAUUAAGCUUCGGGAGGCCGCAGAAGGCCUUGGAGAGGACAGCACAGGAAAGAAAAAAUCGAAAUUCAAAACCUUUAAGAAGUUCUUUGGGAAGAAGAAGAGAAAGGAAUCUCCUUCGUCCACAGGAAGUAGCACCUGGAAACAAAGUCAGGCGAGGACUGAGGUCAUUGCCAUCGAGUCAGGGCCGGUGGGCUAUGACUCCGAGGAUGAGCUGGAGGAGUCGAGGGGCACGCUGGGUAGCCGGGCCCUCUCACAUGACAGUAUUUUCAUUCCUGAGUCCGGACAGGACCCUGCUCGGCCUGUGCGAGUGUUUUCCCAAGAAAAUGUGUGUGAUCGGAUUAAAGCUCUGCAGUUAAAAAUACAGUGUAAUGUGAAAAUGGGGCCGCCGCCUCCUCCAGGGGUGCUUCCUGCCAAGCGGGGAGAAGAUGCUGGCAUGAGCUCUGAGGACGACGGGCUGCCCAGGAGCCCCCCGGAGAUGUCCCUGCUGCACGACGUGGGUCCUGGCACGACCAUAAAGGUCUCUUUAGUGUCCUCAUCCCGGCCACUGUCUCCAGACCACGCAAGCGACUCCACUGCAUCCCUGCGGAACUCAGAUGGCAGCCUGGCGCCUGUGGCUGACUUCAGUCAUCCUGCGGGAUCCUCCUCCUGCCUGGACAACUCCGCAGCGAAGCACAAGCUCCUGGUGAAGCCCCGCAACCAGCGGUCGAGUAAACUGAGGCGGCUGUCGUCGCGUGCACAGUCUGAAUGCCUGAGUGAUCUGACGUGGACCCUAGAGGAGGAAGAAUUCGAGGAGAAGCCAUUAUCCCAAGCCCUCAAGAAAGAAAGUCCCAGCUCUGUGCAGCAGGACGUGGUGCUGGACAGAGGCCCUAGGCCUGGGCCACGGGCCACCUUGCUGCAGCCUGGAGGGGCCCGAGCCAGACGCACCCGCCUGCAGCACUCCCCGGCACUCAGUGCCAGCAUGGAGGAGGGGAGCUCCCCUAGGCAUGAGCCCUCCAGCCGCCCGGCCACCACAGAGGUCACUGAGCCCAUGUCAGUCCCCACCUCCAGUGUGGAGUCCCCUUCUCUGCCAGAAGGCUCACUGUACCCUGGUCCUGACAGCGAAAACGAGAAGGAGGUGCCGUCCACCACAGGCCCAAGCCCCCAGGCUGCAUACACAGCUGAGGAGGGAGUUUGUGCUUCUGAAGGUGCCACAAGCCCAUUAUCUACUGGUGUCCCUGAGGAGGACAUGACACCUCCUAAGACUAUCACCACAGUCACCUUGGAAAUGCCAGCUGGUCCAGAUGGGCCAGACCAAGAUGUCCCAAACCAGGCAAGAUGUCCCAGACCAAGAUGUCUCAAACCAAGAUGUCCCAGACCAAGAUGUCCCAGACCAAGACCAGACCAAGAUGUCCCAGACCAAGAUGUCCCAAAAGAAGUGGAGCUGACGCUGGAGGUGCCAGAGCCCCAGGGAGCAGGGAAAGAGCCCCCAGCGGCCCCCAGCCCGAGCCCACCACCACCCAAGAGCUGCCUGAAGCGCAGGGCAUCAGCCGCCAGCACAGGCCUCAGCGGGUCACCUGUGGGGUCACCUCUGAGGGAGCAGGGACCCUGUGCCCUGGACAGAGAGGCUGCCCCGCCAGAGCGCCCCAAGGCUGAGCAGGUCGAGUCCCCACAGGGAGACAGGGCAGCGCCAGAGCGGAAAACCGAGAGAGGGGGUGGCGAGGUGCGGGGCGCGAAGAAGUUCUCGGUGCCCUCGUGCCGGGGGCGGCCGCGCCCGGGCAGCUCCCGCCUGCAGGAGCAUCCCGGCGCGUCCAGCGGCCGCCUGCCCCUGGGGAGGAGCGGCCCGGCCUGGAGGAGCGAGGCGGCUCUCGAUGACCUCCAGGGGUCUCCUGAGCCCCAGAGCGAGAAACCAGACCCUCAGAAGCCAGCGGAGUGUGACUCUCAGGACUCAGGGGACAGAGUGGCUGGCCGGACCACGGCAGGCGCGAGAGAGCCCUGCCGGGCUGCCCAGGAGCCGUGCCUGGGUGAGGACAGAAACCCCUUCCCCGUCAAGCUCCGGUCCACCUCCCUCUCUUUCAAAUACCGAGACAGCUCCGCCCAGGAGGCAAGGGGGAUAAAGAGAUACAGCGCUGAGGUCAGGUCAGAAAGAGGAGGAGUGACUUUGCUUCCGAAAGAUGAGAAAUGUCACCUCGGGACAGCCCCUGCCCUUCGAGGCACCAGGUCCCCUAGCGACCAAGGAAAGGGGAAAGCCCGGUCACCUGAGCAGCUCAGCUCCAAACCACCCCUGCCCAGGAAGCCGCUCCUGCAGAGCCUCACCUUGCCGCACUCUGCUGCGCCCCCCGACGCCAGCCCCAGAGAGCCGGAGCUCAGGAAGGAGAAGAAGUCGCUGCGCAAGGGAGCUGAAAAGGGUCUGCCUCCUGCAGCGACAGGGCCUGGAGCUAACGGGCAGCCCUCCCCGCCCUGGAUCACCAUUGCUCGGCAGAAGCGACGAGGGGCCUCGGAACAGCCACCCAACCAGGAGGACAAGCCUGGGGCGCGGACCCCGAAACCUGAACUGGGAAAGCAAGCCAAGCCGCCCGAGAGAGCCCAGGAGCCCGUGAAGCACAUGGACUUCGUCCGCAGCAAGUCUUUCCUGAUCACCCCUGUGAAGCCCCCACUGGAGCGGAGGCGGGGGGUGGAGCUCAGCCUGCAGGAGGGGCUGCAGAGAGGAAUCUCGCUGUCCCACCAGAACCUGGCUCAGUCUGCGGGGAUGAUGGAGAAGGAAUUGCAUCAGCUGAAGAGAGCCAGUUAUGCCAGUGCAGAUCAGCCCUCCUGGAUGGAACUUGCCAGAAAGAAAUCUCAAGCUUGGAGUGACAUGCCCCAAAUUAUAAAAUAG